GCCGCCGCCGCCGCCGGGCGCAGCAGGCUGAGGGGAGGCAGGAGCGGAGCCGCCGCUGAGGGCCGGGGCCUUGGACGCGUCCGGCGCGGCGGAGGAAGAGGAAGGGGGGGAGCCGGCCCCUCUCGGAGGGCGCAGCCCGCAUCCGCCCUGGGAAGGGAAGAGGGAAGGGAAGGAAAAGGGGGAGCGAGCGAGCGGGCACCGCCGCUGCCGCCGCCGAGACAAAGAAGCGGAGCCCGCCUGGGCUGGGAGCCUCCCCGCCGCUGCCAUUGCUAAGCGCCCCGCUGCCCGCCUGCCGGCCGAGAUACUUGUGUACAUAACUUGGUUAGAGAGUCCUGUCUUUCACUACCUGAAUCCUUUUAACAGUGUGCCAAAGAAGGACUCCAUGAAAGAUGACAGAAGAAGUUAUUGUUAUUGCAAAGUGGGAUUACACUGCACAGCAGGACCAAGAACUUGACAUCAAGAAAAAUGAACGUCUUUGGCUAUUAGAUGAUUCCAAGACAUGGUGGAGGGUAAGAAACGCGGCCAACAAAACGGGAUAUGUGCCAUCAAAUUAUGUGGAACGAAAAAACAGCUUGAAGAAAGGUUCUCUGGUUAAAAAUCUAAAAGACACAUUGGGUUUGGGAAAAACAAAAAGAAAGACGAGUGCGCGAGAUGCCUCACCUACUCCUAGCACAGAUGCUGAAUACCCAUCCAAUGGUAGCAGUGCGGACCGGAUUUAUGAUCUUAACAUUCCAGCCUACGUUAAGUUUGCCUAUGUUGCAGAGAGAGAGGAUGAACUGUCCCUAGUUAAGGGAUCCCGGGUCAUUGUCAUGGAGAAAUGCAGCGAUGGCUGGUGGAGAGGUAGCUACAAUGGACAAAUUGGCUGGUUUCCUUCGAACUAUGUGGUAGAGGAAGUUGAGGAAGCAACUGCAGAUUCCCCAAGCUUUCUAAGUUUAAGGAAAGGCGCUUCUAUGAGUAAUGGCCAGGGCACCAAAAUACUUCAUAUUGUUCAGACACUGUAUCCAUUCAGCUCCGUCACAGAAGAAGAGCUCAAUUUUGAAAAAGGGGAAAUAAUGGAAGUCAUUGAAAAGCCAGAAAAUGACCCAGAGUGGUGGAAAUGUAAAAAUGCCAGAGGGCAAAUUGGUCUUGUUCCUAAAAACUAUGUAGUAAUCGUAAGCGAUGGUCCUACCAUUAACACUUCCCAUCCACCUCAGAUAAGCUACACAGGGCCAUCUUCUACAGGACGGUUUGCUGGAAGAGAGUGGUAUUAUGGGAAUGUUACCCGACAUCAAGCAGAAUGUGCCCUAAAUGAAAGGGGAGUGGAAGGAGACUUCCUUGUUAGAGAUAGUGAAUCUUCGCCCAGUGACUUCUCGGUAUCUCUAAAGGCAUCGGGGAAGAACAAACAUUUCAAGGUGCAGCUCGUGGACAAUGUCUAUUGUAUUGGGCAGCGUCGCUUUAAUACUAUGGAUGAGUUGGUGGAACACUACAAAAAGGCUCCCAUCUUCACCAGUGAACACGGGGAAAAGCUAUAUCUUGUGAAAGCACUUCAGUGACAUUGAAGAUGGACUUUGGUCUCCUAGGCCUCUUAUAACUUCCAAGCCUUAGGUCCUAAAUUCACUUUUUUAGAGCAGAGCAAUCUACUAUCUGAAGCAGGCUUAAAGAAUAGGCUCUUUCUAAAGUGUUUGCUCUGUUGGUUGUUAUUGUCCUUUUUUGUUUGCCUAUUUUGUGUUUUGAUUCUGUUAAUCUCAGAUCACCUCCCUUCAGAUUGAGAAUUUCACGUAGGUGGCCAUUGUAAGCACUCACUUCCAUGACUGAGUUCUAAACUCCCCUCUUCUGUGUACGUUUACAUAGUUAGUUCAGAUAAAGGAGGGGUGUUUUCAAUUCAAAACAGUGUUAAUCUGUUCAAAUUGCUCACGCUGACAGAACUCUUCAUUAAGAGACAUCGGACACAGUUUGAAUGCACUGAAGCUGCAGCUAAUUAAGUGAGAUAUAGUAGACAUACAGUUGUGGCUGUGAGUUCUGUAGCUAUUUUGCUUACCAAGUAGUAUAUUACAAAAAUUCCUAGUUCCUAGAAGCACUCUUUACACUGUACUCUGCUAUUACAUUGCCUCUUUGACUCUUUGUAAAGAGUACACUAAUUAAAGCAUUUUGUAAUAGUACUUCUUAAACUACUAUGGUAAGAUUGUAGUAAAAAAAAUAUCUAGUGUAUUUUGGUCUGUAAUUGCAACAAAGAAAUUUUAUUUGAAAGUUGAUUAUUAGAGAAAGAAUCAUUGAAUUGUAAAGGCUGAAUGUUUUGGUAAUCUACAACCAAAUGUGCCAUCCACAUAAUGCUUUUUCCUCUUGCCCUUCUGCUUGUUUGAAUUAAACGAUUAUGUAUUUAAUUCUCAAAGUAAUAUGUAUCUGUAGCUGAUUGUUGACACUAAUACAGAAGAUUAAUAAAAACUGAUCUUGGGAUGGGGUGGGGUGGGCUACCAACACUAUAUAUAUAUAUUUGCUUUACAGAGAGAAAUCUUCAGGUUUUACAAAGGAUGGUGUGAUUGGUAGUAAGAGACACACAGAAUGUUUAUGAAGAAAAUGCAUUUUUUUCUUUUCUUUACAUUUAAACUCCUUUAUGGUUUAAAUAUACAGUCUUUAGAUGGCACAUUCCUGCAAUUGAAGAAGGGAUCUUGAGAUCUCAAAAUCUUGCAUACUCAGUUUUUUGGAUAUUGUAAUAAAAAAGGUAUUAUGUCAUGAUGGAGUACUGGAUUUAUCCUUGGGUAGUAGUCUUGCUGUUGCUUUAGCAAGGUGAAACAGAGUAAAUAAUGAAUUUGUUUAUCUUGUAA